AUGGUGGAAAUAGAGACUGGCAGCAUGAAUUUAAAUGUUUUACCAGACUUGGGUUCCUACUUUAAUAUCAUUGAUAAAAACACAUGGGAAAUGCAGAAAUCCAACAGAAUAAAAUGCGACUCUUGUGCAGGACCCCCAAAUGAACAGUUAUAUUCAUACACAUCUGAGAAACCUUUAGAAGUGAAGGGAACAUUUGAAUGUGACAUCAAGGCAGGCAAAGGAAGUGGCCAUGCAGAAUUUGUAGUAGUGAAAGGGCACAGGGUGCCACUAAUAGGGCACAACACCGCAAUGAAUCUAGGAAUGAUGAAAAUUGGAAUAGAUGUGAACAAUAUAUAUGAGGACUCGCUAUAUACAGAAUUCAUUGAUGUGUUUUCAGGCCUCAGUAAAUUUAAAGAUACUGAGAUUACAAUACACACAGACCCACCAGUGAAGUCUGUGGUACAACCAUUACACAAGACUUCACUGAACCAGCAGAAGGACCAACUCUGGGUGAAUUCUGCGAUGAUUGUACCUAAACCAGGGGUGAUAUAA